UUUGGGCAUUGGAGCCAUCUCAGUUUCAACGCGUUCAUGGAAGCAUUCACAGUGAAUGGAUGGUUUUGUAAGAGCUGCGAGUUUUUAACUUAAUUACCGCUCGAGAAUCAAAAUUAUCGUUGACGAGUCGUACUGAAUAUUUUUGUCGUCCGCAGCAAACUGUUGCGAACUGAAGCAUACGCGGUGAGGAGGACCGUUUGUCCUUGAUUUGCAGCCAGCCGAAGAAACAAAAUGUCUCAACGACCGAAAAGAAAUGCUAACCCAGCGGCGACAUCCGGCGCGCAGUCGGUGUCGUCCGCGGCUUCCACCGCGUCCACAACUUCCAGCCGAUCAGAGAUACCGGAAUCACCGCUUAGCCCUUCCCGACGGAGCCGACUGCACGAAAAGAACAGCCUGAUGAAUCUGAACGAUCGACUGGCCUGUUACAUCGAACGGGUCCGGUUUUUGGAACAGGAAAACUCCCGAUUGUCGAUGGAGAUGAACGCCUAUCAGGAUACUGCGAAACGCGAAGCGGAAAGUCUAAAGGCGAUUUAUGAGGGUGAGCUGACGGACGCAAGGAAGCUGCUGGACGAGACGGCACGAGAGCGGGCGAGGGUGGAAAUCGACGCGAAGCGGUAUUGGGAAGAGAAUGAUCAGUUGAGGAUGAAAUUGAACAAGAAAACUAAGGAACUAAGUGAGUUGGAGAAGGAAGCGCGGACGAGUGAAGCGAGAUGUGUUGAGCUGACAGCAAAUUACAACAGUGUCUGUUCGGAACGUAAGAAGCUACAGGAUGAACUGAGAGAGGCCGAUAAAGAGGCAUCCAAGCUUCGGAAAACUUUCGAAAACAUGCGUAAAGAUCUGGAAAACGAAACCCUGGUCAGAGUGGACUUGGAGAAUAACAUUCAGAGUUUACGGGAAGAGUUGACGUUCAAGGAGCAGGUUCACAGUCAACAGCUGGCGGAAAGUAAGGUGCGACGGCAAACGGAAAUAAGUGAAAUUGAUGGUUUUCUCAUGGAACAAUAUGAGACGAAGCUCCAACAAACGCUACAAGAGCUGCGAGAACAAUACGACGCUCAGCUGCGCAUGAAUCGGGACGAAAUAUCCGAACUGUACGAUGCGAGAAUCCGCAGCUUGGAAAGUCGCCUCACCGAUGAACGCAUUCAGCAUGAUGAGGAGCGGCAAAAACUCGAGAAAGAAAUUGGACGAAUGCGCGAUCAGAUGUCUGUGCAGAUCAAAGAAUACCAGGAUCUCAUGGAUAUUAAAAUCUCACUCGACAUGGAAAUUGCCGCGUACGACAAGCUUCUUUCUUCCGAAGAAACUCGCCUCAACAUAACUCCAAGUAUAAACAGCACUUCCGCAACGGCUACCGCGUUGAGUACCUCUUCGCGCUUAUUCUGUACGCCUUCACUCAAACGGAAGCGGAAUGUGCUCGACGAUUCGCUGGACUAUUCCAUCACCUCAUCCGCUAAAGGCGAUCUCGAGAUAGCGGAGUGCGAUCCGGACGGAAAGUUCAUCAAGCUGAGGAACAAAUCAAAAAAGUCCGAAAAGCUUGAAGAAUUCCAGCUCAUUCGUCGAACGGAACAUUCCGACACCGUUUAUAAGUUUUCGAAAGGUGUCAAAAUAGAGGGAAGCACCACCAUCACCAUCUGGUCGGAUUCGGCUGGUAAGAAAGCGGAUUCCCCAUCGUGUGCGGUUAUGAAGGGUCAAUCUUGGGCAACGGGAGAUAACAUGAUCACAGUGUUGCUCAACGCGGAAGGACAGGAAGUGGCACAUGUGGAGCGGGUGAAAAUGAAGGCGGCAAAUGUUUCUGGCCAUAAGGAUAAAUAUUUCAUCGAAGAAAGUGGAACACGACUUGGGGUGAAUGCUUCUUCUGUCAAACCAUCGAAGAAUGAGAGAAGUGCCGUGGAAGGGACCAAAACUGAUGAACAGUGUGCUAUAAUGUAGCGAAAUGAUAUUAACGCAUUGUGUUUGAGUUUAUUUCUUUCAUUGAAGUGUAUAGCUUUUUUUUUGAAUAUCUACGUAGAUUGUAGGAAAAUAUAGAAAUAUGCAUCACUGGUUCGAAA